AAAAAGUGACGUUGACACACACAUACAAGCCAGAGCCGAGAAGGGGGAAUAGCGUUUUGUUUCUUUUUUCUUUAAUUUGUGUCCUUUUAUUCUUUGGCGUUUUUGUUGAUAUUUCGCUGUCUUCCUGUCACGGAGUCGACUGCCUUGCUCCUCAGCGCUUGCUAUCUAUCGUUAGCGUUCAUGCCGCUCUCCCCUCACGCGGCGCUAUUUUGACAGUCGGGGUCGCAGUGAACCAACUCAAGCUAGCAGCUCCAUUAUAUUAGCACUGACACAACUUGAAGGAUUCUCCACACGGACUUGCGACACACGGCCAACAAAACGGGCUCCUGACUGGAGGACAGACCAUGCUGCUGCACUGAGCCGGAGGGAGAGAAAAGAGAGAGGCCCCAGAGGACCGCUGAGGUGGUGGCUGGCCUGUUGGUGAGCCCCUCCCCCCUACCUGGCUGGCUAGCUGCUGCCUCUUCAGUUCACCUUACCGCUCCCCACCCCAUAGGCUAAGGCUUGCUAUGGACUGCGCUUCGCCCCCUGCUGCUGCCCAGCCCAGUAUACUACCUUAGUGGGUUCCCUUCAUCUUCCUGUGUGUGGUUCCCAUCCAGACCCACUGUUCAGAGUCCAGCACAGAUCUGGUACCACCUACAGCCACUCCUGGGUUCUCCACCCAACCCCCUCCCCAACUCCCACCCUCUCCCCCUCCCCUAAGAAGAUGUCAGUGAGCCUGACAACAGACAUCCAGCAGGAGGGAGAGAGUGGGCCACUCAUCGAGCCCUGCAGUAGAGGCAAGACCUCCCCUCAACCACAGGGUACCAAGGAAGGAACAGGAGAGGGCCUUGAGCCUGAGGAGAGCUCCCCACAGGACGCACAGAAACGGGCUCCUAAUCACAGCCAUGGCAGGAAAAGAGCCAAGUCUAAUGCCAAACUGAAGCUGGUUCGGAGUCUGGCAGUGUGUGAGGAGUCCUCUGGUCCGUUCUCCAAUGAUGGACCUCCAGAAUCGCAGUGGAAUGUGGUUUUCCAGGAUAUCAUCCAGCUUCACAUCAGCUGCCCGUCAGACAAGGAAGAGGAGAAGUCCUCAAAGGACGAGUAUGAAAAUGAAGAGAAGGAGAAGAAAGACAAGGCUCCGCGAAAGAUGUUGUCACGUGACUCCAGUCAGGAAUACACUGACUCCACGGGCAUCGAUGUUCAUGAGUUUCUGGUCAACACACUGAAAAACAAUCCCAGGGAUCGAAUGAUGCUGCUCAAACUAGAACAAGAUAUCCUGGAGUUCAUUAAUGACGACAAUAACCAGUAUAAGAAGUUUCCUCAGAUGACUUCUUAUCACCGUAUGCUGCUGCACCGUGUGGCUGCCUACUUUGGCAUGGACCACAAUGUGGAUCAGACAGGCAAGGCUGUCAUCAUCAACAAAACAGGCAACACACGCAUCCCAGAACAAAGGUUCUCUGAACACAUUAAGGAUGAACGUAACAUGGACUUCCAGAAGAAAUUCAUCCUGAAAAAGAGAGAUGCCAGCAUGGACAAGGAUGAUAAUCAGAUCCGUGUCCCACUGCAGGAUGGGCGACGUAGCAAGUCCAUUGAAGAGCGGGAGGAAGAGUAUCAGCGGGUACGAGAUCGGAUAUUUGCCCGAGAAGUGUCCUUUUUUUUACAGUCCUCUCAAAAUGGAUACAUCAAUGACAACAGACUUUCCACUGAGGGCUACUGCUCUAGCUCUCAAAAGAGGAGGCAGAUCUUUAGAGGGAACCGUGAGAGCUCCAGCCGGGCGUCUAGCAGUCGUCAAAGCAGCACAGACAGUGAUAUGAAGUGCCUGGAGCCACGGCCCUGGAGCAGCACCGACUCAGACAGCUCCAACCGCACCCUCCGGCCGCCCGUCACUAAGGCUAGCAGCUUCUCUGGCAUCUCCAUUCUUACCAGAGGGGAUAGCCUUGGCAGCAACAAAGGCUCACAGGGAAGCUGCAAAGGCUCACGCUCUGGCCUGCCCCUAGUCAGUCCUGAUGUGUGUCCCCCACCUGCAGCCUCCCAGCCUAGCCGUAGCCUACUCCCCUGCCCAUCACAACAGCCACAGCCGCAGCCCCAGGUCCCGCCUCAGACUGCCCUGCUGCCCACCCCGCAGCAACACCCCAUGGGAAACCACAUGAUUGCUCAGCCGGUGGCAUCUCUGCAGCCCUCUCAGCCUGUCUCCUACUCCAGCCCUUCCUGCCCCCAGGUUCUCCUGCCAGUUUCUCCUCCCCAGCAGUACACAAUGGGAGAAGAGCUGGCGCCUCAGUUCAGCCAGAUGACGCUGAGUCGGCAGGGCUCCAGUGAGAACCCUGAGCCUCCAACCAUGUAUCAGGCUCCUCCCACGGUGUUGUCCCAGCACCCUCCUCCUCAGACCGGCUACAUCAUGGCUACCACGGGUCAGCCUAUGCCGCCUCCGUCUGGAUACCAGCCCGCCACUGGACACCCCCAUCCUCCACCUCCACCGCCGCCUCCAUCCCAGCCUGUCAUGCAGGCCCCGCCACCCCCACAAGGCUACAUGCAGCCCCCUCCACCUCAACAGAUACAGGUGUCAUACUACCCUCCUGGUCAGUAUCCCAGCUCAGGCCAGCAGUAUCGUGUGCCCCAGCCCAUGUCCCACCAGGUGUCUUAUCCUGCCCAGCGCACACAACCCAUGCCUCAGCCCACACAGCAGUCAGGUCUCCAGACCAUGAUGCCCAGCCAGCAGCCGAGCUACCAGGGCAUGAUGGGUGUGCAGCAGCCCCAAAACCCUGGUCUGCUUAAUUCCCAGAGGGCAGGCAUGGGAGGACAAAUGCAAAGCAUAAUGGUUCAGUACCCACAGAUGCCAUCAUAUCAGGUACCAGUGGGAAAUGAAAAUCAGCAGGUGGUGCAGCAGCAGUACCAGCAGCAGGUGAUGGUGCCGGUCAGCCAGUCUGUCCAGGGGCCCAUGCCUGUCUACUACAGUGUUAUCACACCCACACAGCAGAAUAGCACAAGCCCAUCAGUAGGUUACCUGCAGCCCCCCAGCUCUGAGCAGUAUCAAAUCACACAGUCGCCGUCCCCUUGCAACCCUCAGCAGUUGCAGCAGCAAUAUUCAGGAGUACCGCCUCCUGGGCCUGGGGUGAUGGUCAUGCAGCUCAGCGUCCCCAAUGGACCACACCCUUUCCAGAGGAUAGCCCACCUUUUAAACCCUCCUCUGGUCCAGUGGAACCCAUGCAAGUACUACAGCAUAGAGCAGAGGCCCAGCAAGCCAGGAGAGCUCUACAAACCAGACAACACUCCACAGGCCAGUACCCAGCUUACGAGUCCCCUGGCCUCCCCCACUCAGUCUCCCACCCCGUCUCCCUCCGGCAGCGUCAGCAGCGUCUGUCCAGGCCUGGGACCAUUACCCCUCAUUUCCCAGUUUCCCCGGCCAGGAGGACCAGCUCAAGGUGAUGGGCGCUACUCUCUGUUGGGGCAGCCUCUCCAGUACAGCCUGUGUCCUCCUCCCCUCAUGCACGGCCAGUCCUCCUACAGCUCCCAUCAGGGCCAAGGAGUAAUGAAACACGGGGCACGAGGGAAAAAACAAACACUCAAAUCUGCGUCAACAGAUCUCGGCACCACUGAUGUUGGUUGAAUAAAAUAAAUAAAACCUGAAGCAUGAUAGGUCCCCUUUAAAGUUGCUGAGAGUGUACUGACGUGCUCGCAGCAUUGCAUUCAAGUGCAGUUCUGUAGCCAUUGAACAAACCCCAAAUUAGAUUUAUCCUGCCGGCCUCAGGGCCGUGCACUAGGGGUGGGUUUAUGGCCCUUAGAUAAUAUCAAGAUA